AGGCUCUGUUUUUCGCUCCGCCCUUCACGGCGGUUUGGGAAACUACCAUUAUAGGAAAAGAAACGGGAGGAUACUUUCCGAUACUCCCUGAUUACCUCUUCAGUUUCCUCUAAAUAAUAUCAUUUGACUCACUUUCAGCUUUUCGAUAAGACGGUGCCAAGUCGCCUAUUCCUUAUAAAACACUUCUGUAGGAGCUCCUCUCCCCCUCUCUGCCUCGUGGUAGACUCCUUCAUCUUUUUGCUCCAGGUGGGGCUCUCUGUUGCUCCUGUUACCCACGCGUCCCUCUCCCGCCUGCAUUCGCGAAGUAAGUGUGGAGCAAGGCUUUCAGGCUAAGGAGCCAUGCCGCUCUUUGGGAACACCUUCAGUCCCAAGAAAACCCCACCCAGGAAAUCAGCUUCACUUUCUAGCCUGCACUCGCUAGAUAGAUCUACCCGUGAAAUUGAACUGGGUCUGGACUAUGGCACUCCAACUAUGACCCUUGCUGGACAGAGCCUGAAGUUUGAGAAUGGCCAGUGGAUUGCAGACUCAUUUGGGGGUAGUGGGGACCACAGAGAGACCCAGCGACUACUCAAACGGAACCAACAGCUGGAGGAAGAGAACAAUCUCUUGCGGCUAAAAGUGGAUCUUUUGUUGGAUAUGCUCUCCGAAACAACUGCAGAAUCCCAUCUCAUGGAGAAGGAACUGGAGGAACUGAAAAAUUACAGCCGGAGGAGGAAGUAAGCAGGAAAUGUGGGUUUCCAGGUGACAGCAGAAAAGAGAGAGCAUGAGAAUCUGGUUUAAAAAGACAUGUACUUCCUCAAACUGAUGAAGUCACAUCUGCCUAGGAAGACUGCAGUAUUCUGGUCUCACAUCUUGUUACGUCUCAACAGGACAUGCAACCAAGACCCCAAGUGUGAAAUGUUAAUAAGCUCUCAGGUGUGGUCAGCAUGUGGAUCUACAGUGUCAUCCUGGACACACCCAAGUCCACUCAAAUCAGUGGCUUAGAAAGGUGUAACUCUGCUUAAGAUGGCACAGAUAGUACUAUUCCCAUUCUUUGUGAAGCUUCUUUAAGUGCACUUAACAUUCCUGUGCAACAUACUUUUGUUCUAGUCAAUAAAGUACUUUGCAGAAA